CCGGAAUAACAGCCUGUCAGUGGGAAGCAGAUCGCAUGCAGGACUGGCAUGGCUGACAAUCAUCCAAUGCAGCGCUUCUACGGGAUUCUGUCCGGUUAUUCCCACCGCAGUCACGUGUGCAUAACUGCGGAAUACACUUUAUGCGGCAUUGUCCUUACGAAUAUGAAGAUCCCACUGCUGUUAGCAUUAACGUUGUUUUAUCCUACGGCGUUUCUUCACUAUGUAUGAGUACUCCGGAGUACAUUUAUCAAACCUGCAUGUGUCUAGAAUAACCCAUGACAUUCUGGUCAAUGUAUGCUAAUGUGUC